ACGGGAAGGCAAAGCAAUAUGGCCGCAAAUCCUGAGUUUUCGGACGAUUUCACCGCGUCUAAUGAGCAAGAAUUGCAAGAACCAGAGCUGGAGGAAACGAGUCCAAUAAUGGAGAAUCCUGAUGAUGAGUGUCAUGUGAUCCAUGAGGCAGAUGACCUUGACCUUGACGAGAACCUGACCCAGGAACUUUACGAAAAUGAAUUUGAAGCUGCUUUGAGCCGACAGUACCCGAUGAUCAUUAUCGAACCGAAGGUACUUGGUGAUCAGGUCUCCAAAUGGAUCCGAGUUGGAAACUUCAUUCAUAAAUCUUCAGUGCUUUGUAGUCUUGGCUGUUUAGUGUCACCUCUAAUACUUCCACCAACUAACAGAACAAUUAUUAGCAUGACUUUGGGAGGUUCGAGUUUAGUGUUCGCUGCGUUGUAUAAUAUAUCCUGGCAAUUUGACCCAUGCUGCAAGUACCAGGUUGAAUACGAUAGCCAUAAUCUGGCAAAGUUGCCGCUUGAACGUUUAACUUCACCUUUGCCAAUUAUUUUAGUUUACAAGGAUGAUAAAUUUCGUAAAAUACUUCACAAUGUUGGAUCGCUAGCAGUUUGUAUCUAUAUGGGAUACAAGGUGUAUCAGUUUUGGCAUGGAACUGCUCAAUGAUAAAGCUUUGUUCUUAUAAAUAGCAUAUAUUUUAUUUGAACAUACUGAGAUAUUAAAUAGAUGUAGAAAACGUCAAAAUGUUUUCAUGGAAAGCUGGAGAUAUUUAUGCUAAUUACAAAACUGCUUCAAAAUAGCAUUAUUUGUGGUUUAUUGCCUUGUUUGAAAACAGUUAUAGAGAUA